AUGCCUGAACCUGCAAAGUCCGCGCCCAAGAAGGGCUCCAAGAAAGCCGUAACCAAGACCACCGGCAAGGGCGGCAAGAAGAAGAGAAAGACCAGGAAGGAGAGCUACGCCAUCUAUGUGUACAAGGUGCUGAAGCAGGUCCACCCCGACACCGGUAUCUCCUCUAAAGCCAUGAGCAUCAUGAACUCGUUUGUCAACGACAUCUUCGAGCGCAUCGCUGCCGAGGCGUCUCGCCUGGCCCACUACAACAAGCGAUCCACCAUCACGUCCAGGGAGAUCCAGACCGCAGUGCGCCUGCUCCUCCCGGGUGAGCUGGCCAAGCACGCUGUGUCUGAGGGCACCAAGGCCGUCACCAAGUACACCAGCUCCAAAUAA